UGCACGCCUGCUUACAAAUUCGGCGGGAAAAGAUGUACUGCUCUUGUCCCUGAUGUGCGGGCAGUCUCUAGCACUUUUCCUGCUGAUUAGAAGCCCCCCCUAUGUGGUGUUUAUGUUUGUCGUGUUUCAUGGUUUCUUCGUGUCAUCGCUCAGUUCGAGGUAUUCGGUUUCGGUGGUGCAUUGUGCCGUCGUGGUAGUCAGUCUAGUCGUGUUCUGUCUGCUUGCUGAUGACUCCCCCC